CAGAUACCAUUCACCGUACCCAUCUUCACCAACACCACUAACACCAGCUACGUCGUUCGUCUAACGUUUUCUUCCAUCGCAGCAAUGUCUAUAGCCGAAUUCUUAGAUGGUAUGCCAUCAUUUGAUGAGCGCAAUUUUUCCCGUUUCCAUUCAGACAAUGGACGAAGCAAACGUGUACCUGUUUAUAUAUCGACUGAAGAUCAACCUAAUGACCAAAUAAUUGUUACCGACAAGUCAAAUUUAUUACUCCGGUAUUUACACAACCAAUGGGAUAAAAAGCAUGGAGGGAAGAAGAGAGAAUUAGUGGAUUCUACUGAAGAAGGAGGCUCAACAUCUAGAAAACGUGCAAGAAUCUCCGACAAAAUUUUGCCGUGGUUUUAAAUAUUUCAGGAAAUUAAUUGUCUCCUCAAACCAUCCCUGAAAUACAGCACUGUAUCUGCAUUCAAGCAAAGAACCUCAUGGAAACCUUUCUCAACCUGAAGAUAGAUAUCAAUCACGUGAUCAACUUAAGUUAAUGACUUUUUAAGUUAUGUUUUUAUAUAAAAUACUUCAUUAUAGUUUUCCUAAGAAAAUAAUUUAUUAUGUUAAUUAUUAAUUAUGUAUUCUCUAGCUCUCGUAAGAAGUCUUAAUUUUACAAGUAUAUUCAUUCUUCGAGGAAGACUAGUUUUCUUUAUAAUAUUUCUUAAUAGUGAAUUAUUCUUUUAAAUCUACCCUUUAAAAAUAACUGGUUUGUAUACUCCUAGUAAUGUUUCUAGUUCCGGUUGUAACCAUUAAUUUGCUAUGUUUAACUCUAUGGUUAGGUUAGAUGCACCCAAUUAUGUUACACUAGUAGGCAAAUGGCGCACAACUGUGUACCAGUAUGUAAAUUUUUAAUUUAAAGCAUUAAUUAAAAUACUUAUGUUUGACUUGA